CCGUGAUUGAAAACCAGAUUCAAGAUGGCUGCUUCCGGCUUCCCCCCGCAGCGUCGCGCGUGGCCAUCGAGGCCACGCCCACUUCCGGCUCCGCGCCUCAGCAUGGCUGCUUGGGGUAUAUUGCUAUCUACAGGUGUCCGGAGGCUGCACUGCGGAACGGCGGCUCAGGCGGGCAGCCAGUGGCGACUCCAGCAGGGCUUUGCUGCCAACCCCUCUGGCUACGGACCUCUUACGGAGCUCCCAGACUGGUCUUACGCGGAUGGCCGCCCUGCUCCUCCAAUGAAAGGCCAGCUUCGAAGAAAAGCACAAAGGGAAAAGUUUGCAAGACGAGUUGUACUGCUGUCACAGGAAAUGGAUGCUGGGUUACAGGCAUGGCAGCUCAGGCAGCAGGAGAAGUUGCAGGAAGAAGAAGGCAAGCAGAAGAAUGCUCUUAAAUCCAAAGGGGCUCUACUUCAGAACCCACAACCAAGUCAAUAAAAAGCAACUCCUGUCUCCCUUC